AUGAAUGCAGAGCACGAAGAGGCCCUGAAAUUCGCAAAAAUCAGCAAGAGAGAAAAUCGCGUCUACGUUGGCAAUCUCAACUAUAAAAUUAGAUAUCGCGAUCUCAUGGAAUUCAUGAGGGCAGCUGGAGAAGUUCUAUUCGCCGAAGUCUUGGUGACGCCCAUGGGAGUUUCUAAAGGAUGCGGCAUCGUGGAAUUUUCAUCUACCGAGGCUGCGCAGCGUGCUAUCCGUGAACUUUCGGAGAUGCCAUUACUUGGACGACCGGUUUACAUUCGAGAGGAUCGUGAAAAUGAUUUUCGUUUUGGAGCUACCCCAGUUCCUGGUAAGAUGGGUAUGGCGAUGGCUGGGCAGGGUUUCUUUGGUCACACUCAAAAUGAUCCCGGCAAUCAACUUCACGUUGGAAAUCUUCCCUAUCAGACGACAUGGCGAGACCUCAAGGAUUUGUUUCGCACAGCCGGAAAUAUAAUAUGUGCAGACAUCGACAUUGGAGCGGAUGGUCGUCCCAAAGGUUCUGGUACAGCUGUAUUCGAGACUCCCAAGGACGCUCAGCAAGCCAUUAGCAUGUAUCAUGGCUUUGAAUGGUAUGGGCGUGUUUUGGAAGUCCGCGAGGACCGCUUUGCUGGUCUAACUAGAGCAGGACGCGGAGGCUUCCGUGGCGGACUUCGCGGUGGUUUACGUGGAGGCUUCAGAGAUGGCAUGCAAGGAGGUUUCGGCGGCGGACCCGGUCGUGAUUUCUCCAACAGUGAGUUAUAUGCAGACUACUCAGGACCCGAUCAGCAUGUUCCGGGUUUGAGAAUAGACAACUAUGGUGGCGGGUUUGGCGCCGGUAUGGGUUAUCGAGGUUAUACUGAACCCGAACCAAGUCAGCAGAUCAUGGUUCGCAACUUGCCAUGGUCCACUACGAAUGAAGAUCUUGUCGAGCUGUUUGAAACCACGGGUCAAGUUGAGUUGGCGGAGAUUCUGCUGGAAGGUACUCGCUCCAAGAAUCGCGGUGUAGUUCAAUUUGCUCAGGUGACAGAAGGCGAAACUGCUAUUGCAAAAUUCCAACAAUACAUGUAUGGCGGCCGACCCCUGGACAUUCGGUUCAAUGACCGUUGGCACACCUUUACCACGGCUGCUGCCAAGGGAGGGGUCAACCUCCUCCCAGACUAA